AGAGUAAUGGUUUCUGAGUCUGAGAUAUUCCAAUUAUAAUGUCCAGGUAUUGAAACUCUUUCCCACAGGCAUAAACCUAAAACCCUAGAGUCGAGCAUGGCUGCGCUGCUGCCUUCUACCGAGCAUCCAACACAAACUCCAGAUAACACUUCCCAGACAACGGAAUUGCCUGUUCAAACUCAAAAUACCCCACAGCAAGCUGUCAAUUACAAGCUCAUCCUCCAGCACCAUACUUUGAAGUCACACAUAUCAAACCCUACCUAUGAGGUUUCUAAUGAGGGCCCUGCGCAUGCACUGCGGUUCAGAGCUACCGUUUUAGUAUGUGAAAAGCAUUAUACUUCUCACACUACAUUUGCUCGCCGAAAGGCUGCAGAGAACGACGCUGCCAAGAUUGCUUGGUAUGAUAUUGCAACAAAAACAGAUGAUGAGGAAAAGCUCCCGGAUAUUGAAGAGGCUGCAGAGAACGACGCUGCCAAGAUUGCUCGGGAUGAUAUUGCAACAAAAACAGAUGAUGAGGAAAAGCUCCCUGAUAUUGAAGAGUAUGCAUUCUUUUGCAAAUGUAUCUUAUUUGACUUCGCCGCAAAGAUGCAUUUCGACAAUCCGACUUUUGAUACAACACCUACAUGCAUCCCAGAUGCAUUAGUUCGCACUUUCAAAUCUGUCGUUACUUUUAAUGGCAAGAGUUAUACCGGAGAGCCUGGCCAAAACAAAAAGGAGGCUGAACGGUUAGCUGCUCGUGCUGCAAUUCUCUCCCUCUUAGAGUCUGAACUCAAGAAUGACUUAUCAAAGGUGAUCAAAUCCACGGCCAAUCCAUUCGCUAAAUUAAAUAACGUUCGGGACUCUAGCCAUCUUAGCACUACAAAUUCAUCUAGUGGAGAGGUUGCUUCAAUGAAUAAUGCUAUUGAAAGUUUACUGUCUGGUUUGGAAACAGUUUCAAGUGCUCAAGUUAUGAGUCCACCAGACCAUGAAUUCAAUAAGCCAGUGGUUCAGUCUUCAACAGUGAGCGUAGCCCAACCAAAAUCAUUUGUGCCCCCCUCAGUGCGGCGAUACUUUCAAUAUGUGCAUAUAUGUGGGCAGAAGCGGAAACGGAAUAACAAGUAAAAGGCUAAGAUACGUGCACAAGUUGGUGCAUAGGCUCCUGUUGCUCUAAUGCACCCAUCUAAAAGAUAUUCUUGUUCAUGUUAACGAGAGGCACCUCAUCUUCUCACAUUAGGAGAAGCGGCAGCCCGGGUUAUUCUCAACUCUUUGUUUCUAGGAAUCCUAGAAUUAACAAAACAUCUUAAUUCUCUAGCACAGCUUGUCAAAUGUCCUAUUUUGUUCCCCAACAAUGUUGGAUUCUCUUGUUUCAUCCUCUUGUCAUCUCUCAUUUGUACUUCUCAAGAAGAUUAUUCGAAGGACCUCUAAUGUAUUCUCAUGUCUCAUCCUCUUCUCAUCUCUCAUUUUUACUUCUCAAGAAGAUUGUUUGAAGGACCUCUAA